CUUGUCAAGGUCUUCUCAUCGCUACAAUGGCUUCGCGUCUUGCUAAGAGCGCCAUUGGUGCUGCCCGGCUCCGGCCGACCCUUCCCAUGCGCAGUGUCGCUCCCAUCGCUGCCAACUUGACCGCGUCUCGUUCGGCCUCUAGCGUUCCCACCGAGGACCCCAAGAAGAAGGCCCAGUCGAUCCUCGACUCCCUCCCCGGCAACUCCCUGGUCUCCAAGACCGCCAUCCUCUCCGCCGCUGCCGGUAUCUCCGUUGCCGCCAUCAGCAAUGAGCUCUAUGUCAUGAACGAGGAAACCGUUGCUGCUUUCUGUCUUCUCAGUGUCUUCACCGCCGCUGCCAAGUACGGUGGUCCUCUCUACAAGGAGUGGGCUGAUGGACAGGUCCAGAAGUACAAGGACAUCCUCAACAGUGCCCGUGCCGACCACACCAACGCUGUCAAGCAGCGUAUCGAUAACGUCCAGGAGCUCUCUGGGGUUGUUGAGAUCACUAAGCAGCUCUUCGCUGUUUCUAAGGAAACCGCCCAGCUCGAGGCCCAGGCCUAUGAGCUCGAGCAGCGCACUGCCCUUGCCCACGAGGCUAAGCAGGUCCUCGACUCGUGGGUGCGCUACGAGAGCCAGGUCAAGCAGCGCCAGCAGCGUGAGCUUGCCGACUCUGUCAUCAGCAAGAUCACCAAGGAGCUUGAGAACCCCAAGGUCCUCCAGCAAAUCCUCCAGCAGAGCGUUGCUGAUGUUGAGCGCAUCAUGUCCUCCAACAAGGCCCAGUAAAUGGACGUUGCAUGAAUAGCUUCGCUAUUGGCAAUAUGUAUAAAUUAAGAUCUGUUUUCUGUGCUACGUUAGACAUACCAAUACUAGUUCCUAAGUCUUAAAAAAA